CCAUGGUCAUGUAUUGUUGGAUAAUUGAUACACAUAUCCUACAACUAAGGAGAGAUUGAACAAUAAUCAAGAAGAGUAAUGGAGAAGAAGAAUGUGUAUAAUGUUGAAUGAAUUGUGAGUUAUGUUUACCAGCCUCCUAUAAGGAGUAUAUAUAGGGAAAAUCCGGGUCUGAGCCUCUAAUAUGGGCCUGACAGGCCCGGUUACAUAAAUGGACUGAUAGUAUAAAAAGCUAAUCUAGAACAGCUGAAUAAUAAUAAUGUACAAUAAUAAGAAUCCGCUAAGCGUGUGUGAGCCGCUGUCCAGGCCCAAUAGUCGGCAGACCGGGGGGUCGGAGUCCAUAUACUCCAUUAGGAGUCCCCCACUCCCUGAGACGAGAGUACUCGAGGUUAAAGGGAGUAGUCCAAACUGUAGCUGCAACGUUCUUCUGUCUUUGGUUUCUUCCUCUUCGGCCGGGGGACCACCACCCUUGUCCAUGAUGGGGAGGUGCCUCGUUAAAAACCUUUACUGGGAAAAAACCCAGUGGGAAAAAAUCCUAAUAAAAGGGAAAAAGAGUACACCUAGCGCCCCCAACAUGAAACAAGGAAGGCAGGCCUCCUCCGGCAUAAUCACUUUUGUCUAGCUCAACCCGUCUUCAUAUGACUCAUCUUUCGUUCCUGCUCAUGCGUGAUAUUUUCUCCUCAUCUAGAAACUCUGACCCCUCAGUCCCUCAGUCCCCACUCUUUGAGGCGAGUGGAGACGAGGUGAAAAUGAGUAAAAUCAUCUUUGUACCUACACAUUUAUCAUACAUAUAAAAUCUUUUUCUUGGGAUUUAUGUUUCCGAACGGGAGUUCGUUACUUGAAAAUAGUGGAAAUGUGGAUUGCCAAUGUAAUGAUAAAAUACUUAGUAUAGUGGAUGUGUGAGCCAUUCAUAAGCAACGGUCGCCACUCGAGGAAUGACUAAGACCGGUCUUCGUGCCUGAGAGUCAGGGCUUUGUACCUGAGAGUCAGGGCUUUAAAUCCUAGUGAUGGGUCUCAAGCCACACUUUACUAGGCAUUUGAUCAUAAGUGCGUGAUAGUGUGACAUUCGCCCGACAAAAAACCGACUUAAAUAAAUAUAAAUAAUACUCGUAUUAAAAUUAAAGAAUACAGAGUACUUGUCUUUUUAAAUCUUUAUAGGCUUGGCAGGAAUGCAUCCACGUACGCUCUCUUUUAUCCACUAGAGUUGGGAGUUGAAUGGUUGAAUAGGUCAACUGGUUAUAUGCCUCUUGGCAUAUCAAACCAUGUCCACGCCGGCUCGCCCAUCAUCUGCGCAGCUCACCAGUACCAGAAGAAGCCACACUUUGCAAUCACAAGUGGUGAGGCAACAACACUGACCACCAUAGUUGGUGAAUGAGAACAAACAGUGCGCAGUUCCGGUCUGCCACAUCGAACAACAACUGAGGAUGGUUGUGGAUAGCUCGGUAUGAAGAGAAGGGGUGAACUAGCGACGGGACAAAAAGGGUGGCCCCAGCUAGCUUUGGAUCGAAUCUGCUUCUCAUGAACUCCAAGCCACCAUUAAUGGCGAAUCUUUAAUCGGCAGAUAUCUCAGACCACGUCAAUGGCAAGGUGGACUCGCGAGCGGCGGCCGGUGAAGUGGAGGAACGACCGGUGACUGGAAAGGAGGAGCUAUGAGCGGAAAUAGUGACGACACCUGUACAGGCGAAGAUUACAGCGGCUGCCUUUCAAUGUCACCCUCCAAACAGAUUGAGCAAACGGAUGACAUGUGAGGUCUGGAGCGGUGAUGGUACUUCUUGGGAACGGCCCAGCGAACUCCAACUGGUGCAGCGAGCUUAGCAGAUGGCGUACGGCAGCAUGGACAACGGCGACAAAAGACGGCGACAAAGAUGGCUCCGGCAAUCUGGCACGGAUCUGAAAACCCUAGAUCUAAAAUUCCCGAUCUAUUCUUGCUGUAUCUUUGAUUUUUUUCCAGAACAUUUCUUGGUUGAAUUUUUGUGAUUGAGAAGAUUUUUGGGUAAUUUGGGAGGGUUUCUUACUUGAUGUGUUCAAACCUCUCAACGAGAGCACCAUUGCUGGAUAAUUGAUACCCAUAUCCUACAACUAAGGAGAGAUUGAACAAUAAUCAAGAAGAGUAAUGGAGAAGAAGAAUGUGUAUAAUGUUGAAUGAAUUGUGAGUUAUGUUUACAA